GCUUGUCGAGUCUUGAAUCAGAUUACGUCGCACUGCACAUCGAUUACAAGACCUCGUCAUGGCUCCGCCCAAAUUCAAGUUUGGUUCGAAGAGACUAAUUUCCCGUAAUCCUAGCAGCACCUCAGGCGGAUCUCGAAGAGUAGCUCCCAGCCCGAUCCAAGCUCGCAAAGCAACUGUCAAAAAUGAACGACCCAUGAAAGCAAUCUUCAAAGGCAAGGUGAUGUCCAUCGCAGGUACUAUUAUGACCACAAGCAAGAGCGACCCGCAACCCAUCACCUACGACUCCAUUUCCAAAUGGAUCACCGCUCAUGGUGGCACCUACGAACGAGAAGUUGGUCCAGAUACCACCCACCUCAUCUGCUCAAUCGAAGACUACAAGAAGCGCACUCAGCAAGUCAAAAAAGCUUGGGAGCUCGGCAAGAAACAAUGCAAGAUCAUAGUUUUUGAUUGGCUUGAAGACUGCCUGCUCGGCAAGAAAUUGAAGAAGGGAUUGAGACCCGAGGGACCGUACACGCUUGAUCGAACACUCGCCCGCAUCAAGAAAGGAUUCUCGGAUCAUGCUGAGUACCGGAGAAAGUUUGAGGAGGGUGCGAGAGCGAGUAAGGCCUUGGUUGAUAAUAUAGCGCUCAAUCAUGUUUACUGCGAUCCCUUUGAUCACUUUGAGUACAAAGUCACUCUUACACGGGUUAACAUCGGUGGACGAGUUCAGGUGGAGAAGUAUACUUGCUACCUCUUCGAAUCUAACGCCGGACCCCCGUUCACCUUCAUGACCGGCGCCAUGCUCUCGCGCUCCCACCGCCAAACCUCAUACUUCCGCGACCACUGCCGCCCGAUGUCUUUCUCUCAAGCCUUCUUUCACUUCAAGGAUUUCUUCUAUAAGAAGACAGGUAUCCAUUGGGAUCAAAGAUUGGAGGGGAUUAAGAUGGGUGAGGAGUUCUUCGUUUAUACGCCUCCUGUCCUGGGACGACCGGUGGGCUGGGUGUGCGAGGGGUAUGUGAGACCUGAGUUGAGGGUUAGGGAACUUACUGAAGGCAAAUCCGAAAAGACAAAUACAGAAGGGGAGAGUGGCGAGGAUGGAGAGGAACGAGAAGGCGAGGUGGUUUAUGAUACUGACUCUGAGGUUGAGGAUGAUGAUUCUAAGUACGAUGGCACGACGGGUCCGUCCAGGGAGAGUGGUUCGAGGGAGGUUCCUGAGGAGAGCAGCGUUCCGUCCAGAUUUAAUGGUUUCAGAGCUGAUUCUGAGGUUGAGGAGGACGGUGGGAGCUUCAAUACCAAGAACGCCAGCUUCAGCACUAGCUUCAACACUAACAUUGGUAGGAGCUUUGAGAUGGGUAGUAGGCUGGGAAGUGAGGAGAGUGGUGAGACUGAGCGGACCCAAACUACGACGCCGAGCAGUCAGGAGAGUGACGGUUUGAGAGGUGUGUUUGAAGAGGUUGUGAGAGCCGUUACACCGCCAGGUCUUAUUUACCUCUCGGAUUAGGAGGUCCGUCGACCUGCUUCUCGAGGUCGUGUUGCUAGGUGCCGGGAAUCUGCUGUGGUGGAACACUGGCAUUUGGCUGCAGAGGUGGAGAUGUGGAUAUGAUGGUGGAGAGACGUUGCAUAAUUGGGAGAUGAUUUGUGAUUUCUUUAUUUUCUUUCAUUUAUGGUUCUGGUGGAUUUUUAAGAUGGACACAGGGGUGGAGAAAUCUUACAGUGCUGGUGGUUAUUUUCAUGGAAAUCUCGAGCAUGGAAAUCCUCUAAAGUCCUCGAUUGAGGCAGAGGUUCGCAGAUCUCUUCAACUUGCAAUCAUGGAUUCAUGGUUGGGGUGGAGGUUAUCCGCACAAUAGCUACAAUAUGUGUCUUUUGAGGGUCGAUUGGCUGGCAC